AUGGCUCCUUUUGAGGCGUUGUAUGGCCGGAAGUGUCGAUCUCCUAUUUGUUGGGAUGAUGUGGGCGAGAGGAAAUUAUUAGGUCCAGAGAUAGUACAACAGACUGUUGAUAAGGUGCAAAUGAUCAGAGAACGACUUCGUACAGCUCAGAGUCGCCAGAAGAGUUAUGCUGAUAAUAGAAGGAGAGAAUUGGAAUUUCAAAUUGGAGAUCAUGUUUUCUUGAGAGUGUCACCUACAAAAGGUGUGAUGAGAUUUGGGGUUCGUGGCAAAUUAAGCCCUAGAUAUGUUGGUCCGUUUGAGAUUUUGGACAAAGUUGGGGAGGUGGCGUAUCGACUGGCUUUACCACCGGCUUUGUCUAGUGUGCACAAUGUUUUUCAUGUGUCAAUGUUGAAGAAAUAUGUCCCAGAACCGAGUCAUGUGGUAGCAUAUGAACCAUUACAUCUUCAGGAGGAUUUAACCUAUGAGGAGUUCCCGGUACGAAUUGUGGAUAGAAAAGAUCAGGUACUACGACAUCGAACCAUUCCUUUCGUGAAGGUACAAUGGAAUAAUCAUACAGAAAGAGAGGCUACUUGGGAGCUCGAAGAAGAGAUGAAAGUCAAGUAUCCGCAACUUUUUGAAACCUCAGGUAUGUCAAUUUCGAGGACGAAAUUUUUUUUAGGAGGGGAGAAUGUGAAGACCCACAUUUGA